AGUUCCCCCACCUGGGAUUGAACUCGUGCCCUCAGCAGUGAAAGCCAGAGUCCUAACCACUGGACCUCCAGGGAAUUCCCUGAAAUAGUAUUUUUAGCUUCUGGGAGCAGGCCGAUCUUCACCGAGUCCGAAACGAUAUGUCUCCAAACACUUGGGUGAUCAGCUGCAGAGAGCAUUUGGCAAAAAUAGGAUCCAGAUCCCUUUAAAGGCGGGGCGAAGCUCACCUGGAUAUAUCUUUUCCCAACUCCCCCUCCUGGCAGAGCUAGUCCUUUCCAGCAAGAAGCCCAGUCUCCUCAAUGUGUGGAUCUGUUGGGACUACAUUACCCAGAAUGCUCAGUAUCGAGCGGCAGGAACGCUACCCAAUGAACGCUUAGAGACUGGAGGCCACAUGAUGUGAGGGCGGAACUUCUGGCUUCCUUUUCACAGCGGCCAUGUUAGCUACUCUUGGUUUUGUUUGACCAGUGUGAGAGAUUUGGGGAUUGUGGGUCCAUCUCGAGUUGACGGAAUUGAGAAAGUCCGAGAGGAGGGGCUGUCCCUGCAGCAUAGAGGCGGGUCUGAAGUUCGGCGACGCCGCCUGGGGGCUCCGCGCCAGGCCCAGGAGAGGGUCCGCCGUGUCUGCGUCCCGCCUCUCCCGGCCCCGCUCCGCCCACAGAGUCCGAUGGCGGCGGCGGCGCCGCGGAACCUAUCUCAGGGCAGUGUGACCUUUGAGGAUGUGGCUGUGUACUUCUCCUGGGAGGAAUGGAAUCUCCUUGAUGAUGCUCAGAGAUGCCUGUACCACAACGUGAUGCUGGAGAACUUGGCACUUAUAACUUCCUUGGGUAAGGCUCACCAAGAGCAGAACAUUGGAGAGAAAUGCUUCAGAAGCAACAUGGACAGAGCCUCAUUUAUGAAAGACUGCAAAUUUUUUGUGUCAGGGAAGUCCCUUUCCCGUGGGGAGUCCACAUACACCAGGGAGAAGUCAAACAGGGGAACUGAGUGUGGAGCUGCCUUUCACAGGGGGAAAACUCAUUAUAACUCUGGAGAAUGUACUGAAGACUUUAGUUGCAAACACAUGCUUUUUCAGCACCAAAGAGUCCCCACUAGAGAAAAAUGCUACAUGUGCAGCGAAUGUGGGAAAUCUUUUAGCAAAAGCUACAGCCUCAAUGACCAUUGGAGAGUUCAUACUAGGGAAAAGCCUUAUGAGUGUGGGGAAUGUAGGAAAACCUUUAGGCAAAGCUCUAGCCUCAUUCAACACCGGAGAGUUCACACUGGAGCGAGGCCUCAUGAGUGUGACGAAUGUGGAAAAUUAUUUAGCAACAAAUCCAACCUCAUUAAACAUCGGAGAAUUCAUACUGGGGAAAGGCCGUAUGAGUGUAGUGAAUGUGGGAAAUCCUUUAGCGAAAGCUCUGCACUCCUUCAACACCGGAGUGUUCAUACUGGAGAAAGGCCUUAUGAGUGCAGUGAGUGUGGGAAAUUCUUUACCUACCACUCCAGUCUCAUAAAACACCAGAGAGUUCACUCUGGAUCAAGGCCCUAUGAGUGCAGUGAAUGUGGAAAAUCCUUUACUCAAAACUCUAGCCUCAUUGAACACCGUAGAGUUCAUAGUGGAGAAAGGCCUUAUAAGUGCAGCGAAUGUGGGAAAUCUUUUAGCCAAAGCUCUGCACUUCUGCAACAUCGGAGAGUUCACACUGGAGAAAGGCCUUAUGAGUGCAGCGAAUGUGGGAAAUUCUUUACUUACAGCUCCAGUCUCUUGAAACACCAGAGAGUUCACACUGGAUCAAGGCCUUAUGAGUGUAGUGAAUGUGGGAAAUCCUUUACUCAAAACUCCAGCCUCAUUAAACACAGGAGAAUUCACACUGGAGAAAAACCUUAUGAGUGCAGCGAAUGUGGGAAAUCUUUUAGCCAUAGCUCCAGCCUCAUUAAACACCGAAGAGUUCACACUGGUUAAAGGCUGAUGAGUGCAGUAAAGGUGGGAAAUCCUUUACCCAUAGGUCCAACUUCACUGACCACUAGAGUGUUCACAUUGGAGAAAGGCUUUACGUGCAUUUGAAUGUGGGAAAUUCAUCUCCAGGCUCCUAAAACACCAUAGUGUCACAUUGGAUGAAAGCCUUAUGAGUAUGGCAGAUGUGGAAAAUUGUUUGGCCAAAGUCUAGCCUCAAUACACUCCAGAGAAUUCGCAGUGGAAAAAGGCCUUGUAACUUACAAAUUCAGUGAGUGUGAGAAAGCCUUCCGCUGAAGAACUUACCUUAUGGGAUACCACAGAUUUCAAAUGGGAGAACUACCUUCAAUGUGCAGGUAUAUACAAUUUCUUU